UUUACUAUUUAGUAAAUGAUAUCUAAAAGUACACUUUACAUCUACAAAUUUGAUAACAAAUUAUUCAAAAUAUGAGCUCAUUUUGAGUUUUGCCAUUCAUUUCCUGAUUCAACAAAAAAUUGAUUUUAUAUUUACUUUACGACAGCGAAAUAUUACAGAAAUAAAAUGCCUUCACUAUUAUCAUCAAUAAAUGUGUCAACCAUUGCAUUAUCAACGGCAGUGGUGUGUGCCUUAAGUGGUGUUGCCGUGUAUGCCAUCCACAAGGCCUACAGAAAGCGUCGGCAGUUCAUGAAAGUGGCGAAUGUAUGCAAACUAAUCAUAUAUCCCAUCAAAUCAUUGCCCGGUAUUGAAGUCAAUAGACUGGAAGUCACCACAAAUGGUACCAAAUAUGGACCCUUUCGGGACAGAUCCUGGCUAUUGGUUGAUAAAGAGAACAGAAUGAUAACCCAACGUACAGAGGGAUGCUCAAAGUUAGCCCUGCUCAGUUUGCAAUUUAAAGACAAUAUGCUAUGGAUUACUGCACCGGACUUACCCACACUUAAGCUAAAGGUUAAAACCGAAGUGGACGAUGAAGUGAUUCAAACAAAUGUAUGGGGUGACCCAAUGGAGGGCGUAUACUGUGGUCUGGAAGCGGAGGAAUUCUUCGCGCAAUACCUCAACAAAACCGGGACUAAACUCAUUCAACACAUCCCGAAGCAAUCGGUUCGCGACGGAUAUAUUGAAGUGAACAAUGCAAAAGUUAUCAGGAAUGCUAAAUAUCCAAUAAUAUACCAGGAUAAGUCUGGUUUGUUAGUCAUAAACCAGAGCUCUGUCGAUGACCUUAACUCCCGACUGCCUACCGACGCCCUGAAGACCAGUUACCGAAACUUUCGGCCAAAUAUACUGAUCUCAGAGUGCGAUGCCUUCGAUGAGGACAACUGGCAAUGGGUGUCCAUUCGGGACGUG